AUGGCUUUCACCAUUAUUGAAAGUAUUAAACCCGUUAAAGACCGUCUAGAAAGAUCACUGAAUCAAGUAAAAACUAUGGAUAUCCAAUCGCAAAACCUAGCCUUACCAAAUCACGAGCGACGCCAAAUUAACGAAAUCAAAGAUCGACUCAUAAGCGAAAAAAUUCGUUUACAAAUGUGCAUCGACUUUAUUGAGGCGUUAAAUAAGCAGUGGAUAGAAUGGGCCCAAAAAUCCAAAAUAAAAAAGGAAGAUGAGGAGAACUACGAACAAAUAGCUAUGGGAGAGCGAAACGUCUUCGUCUUAAAGCAGGAAGCGAAGGAUGCCAUCAUCACGUUAACUAUGUAUAAGGAGGAAAUUAAUAAUGAAAUCAAACAAAUAACUUCUAAACCGCCAAUAACGGAGUCAACACCAAUAACAUCCUAUCGUAACAUCAAUCUCCCUCAGCUAUCAAUCUUCCCACCUUUGAUGGAGAACCCCGAGAAUGGAGAGAGUUUUGGAGCGGGUUCAAUGCGACUGUACACAACCAGGAUAUUCCACAAAUAUCGAACUCCGCGUCGUGGUGAAGUAGUAUUAUUAAAUGAACUUGGACAACCAAGGGAUAAUAUGGAAGCUAGUAAAGAUUCAAGAGCUCAAUAUUGGAAAAGAUGA